AUGACUUCGUUCUCGAUAAACAGCAUACUCGAUCUACAAGAGACUAAGAACGGCUCUCCUCAAACAAGCCGAGCUCAUAAAAGUACGUUUGCCUUUCAAGAGGAAAUUGAAGAACAGACAGAAUACAGAGAUGGUAGAAGAUCUCCAAACACCAGCUCUUCGCUUGAUAGAGAAGAUAAGCUUACUUCUUAUGAAGGUAAACUCUAAGUAUGCUCCCUUUGUUCUCUAAAUCGGCCAACCGGUUGUUUGUUCCCGAAUCUAUCCUAAAGCUAUUUUAGUCGAUGAGGUGCUCCAUUACAAGAGCGUUUCCUCCCUUGAUUCAGUCGCUCUAUUUCACUAUAAUUAGAUUGAGUGCUGCUAGACUUUAAAAAUAAGUUCUGUACUCCAGACUUAAACGGUAAAUUUAAAAACAAUUCUUUCUGUUGUAGAUAUAUUCCUGUCCUCAUAAGAAACUCCAGUCAGUAAGGGGAAAGACAUAUUGAUUCAUCGUCUUGUUGCCCAUUCUUAUUUCCUCUUCUUAUUGUCCAAUGACUCAAAUUUUCACAAAAAUUUAUUUUCAGCUGACUCCACAGAAAGGCUUGAUACAGAAGAUUUUAGCCAUGAGAAUGGAAAUAGACUAGAAACAGAUAUCCCGAACACAAAAAAGCGAAAGCGACGAGUUUUGUUCACCAAAGCGCAAAUCUAUGAGCUGGAAAGACGUUUUCGCCAACAAAGAUAUUUGUCCGCCCCAGAACGCGAACAGCUCGCCAGACUUAUAAACCUCUCUCCAACGCAAGUGAAAAUUUGGUUUCAAAAUCAUCGGUACAAAUACAAGAAACAAGUGGGUGAUAAAGGACAUGUACAUAUUACGGGAGAUAGCGGUUUCCCGGCUUAUAUGAGCGGCCCUAGAAUUGUACCUGUUCCACUAUUAGUCCACGAAGGACAACCUUGUUAUAGACAUACGAGUGUUUCGUCGAGGCAGGAAUUCACUAACUUGAAUGGAAUCACGGCAUAUCCACCGGUUCCGUUACUGUACUCAAACUCUCUGUAUAAUAAUCGAUACUGGGGUUUUUCUUAG